AUGGCCGACUUCAACAAUGACGACUACGAGUACGAGGAGUUCGCCGAUGAGGCCGAUGAGAGCAUCACCCCCGAAGAUUGCUGGACGGUCAUCUCGGCGUACUUCGAGAAGAAAGGCCUUGUCUCCCAGCAGAUCGACUCCUUCAACGAGUUUACGACGACCACCGUCCAGUCACUCGUCGACGAGUACUCCCACCUGACUCUCGACCAGACCAACCCUCCCUCGACCGCCGACCGAGUCAUCAAGAUGCGCCGUUACGAGAUCAAGUUUGGAAAAGUCCUGGUGGCCAAGCCUACCAUGUCCGAGGCCGAUGGUCAAAUCUCGACGCUUGUGCCCUACGAAUGCCGCGAUCGAAACUUGACGUACUCGUGCCCCCUCUACGCCAAGAUCACCAAGAAAGUGUCUGUCGCUAUCGAAGAGCCCAUCUCUGAAGAGGAGCUGGACCCCGAGCAGCAGGCCGAGUACAAGAUGACCCACGAGCUGCCUACGCGAUAUCGAUGGGAGGAAGAAUCGAGCGAUGAUGCCGAUGCUAAGGAGAAGGCAGGCAACGAGAGAGAUAGAGUUUUCAUCGGCAAACUGCCUAUCAUGACAAAAUCCAAGAUUUGCCAUCUAGAGCAGGAGGACGAGGACGGACUGUUUCUGCUCAACGAGUGCCCGUACGACCAAGGCGGUUACUUCAUCAUCAACGGUUCGGAGAAGGUCUUGAUUGCGCAGGAGCGUUCGGCUGCCAACAUCGUCCAAGUCUUCAAGAAGGCUCAGCCCAGCAAGUUCUCCUACACGGCCGAAAUCCGGAGCGCUCUCGAGAAGGGCUCUCGCCUGAUUUCGUCACUCUCGAUCAUGCUUCUGAACAAGCCCGACACGAGACAAGGCUUCGGCCACACCAUCCAGUCCACCCUGCCGUAUAUCAAGGACCAACUACCCAUCGGUAUCGUCUUCCGUGCCCUGGGUGUUGUCUCUGACGAGGACAUUCUGAACCACAUCUGCUACGACCGAAACGAUAGCCAGAUGCUGGAGAUGCUCCGACCCUGCAUCGAGGAGGCUUUCUGUAUCCAGGACCGAGAGGUCGCCCUGGACUUCAUCGGCAAGCGUGGCCAGAACGCGCAGGGCAUCAGCAAGAGGGACCGUGUCCGCGCCGCGCGUGACAUCCUGCAGAAGGAGAUGCUGCCUCAUAUCUCUCAGAGCGAGGGUUGCGAGACCCGCAAGGCCUUUUUCUUGGGCUACAUGGUGCACAAGCUGCUCCAGUGUGCUCUCGGUCGCCGCGACAUCGAUGACCGUGAUCACUUUGGAAAGAAACGUCUGGACCUUGCUGGUCCUCUACUGGCCAAGCUCUUCCGCAACAUCAUCCGCAAGAUGACCUCCGAGCUGAUGACCUACCUGAGGCGUUGCAUCAACGACGGCAAGUACUUCGACUUGAACGUGGGUGUGCGACACCAGACCCUGACCAACGGACUUAAAUACUCUCUCGCCACCGGCAACUGGGGUGAUCAGAAGAAGGCCAUGAGCUCGACGGCAGGUGUCUCACAGGUGUUGAACCGAUACACCUUCGCAUCAACCCUGUCUCAUUUGAGGCGUACCAACACUCCUAUCGGUCGAGACGGAAAGCUGGCUAAGCCUCGCCAGCUGCACAACACCCACUGGGGUUUGGUCUGCCCAGCAGAGACGCCCGAGGGACAGGCUUGUGGCCUGGUGAAGAAUUUGUCCUUGAUGUGCUACGUCAGUGUGGGAACACCGGCAGAACCGAUCGUGGAGUUCAUGAUUGCGAGGAACAUGGAGGUCCUCGAGGAGUACGAGCCGCUGCGAUACCCGAAUGCCACCAAGAUCUUCGUCAACGGUACAUGGGUUGGUGUGCACCAGGAUCCGAAACAUCUUGUCACGCUGGUACAGGGAUUACGACGGAAGGGAGUUAUUAGCUUUGAGGUCUCUCUGGUCCGUGACAUCCGCGAUCGAGAGUUCAAGAUCUUCUCCGAUGCCGGCCGUGUCAUGAGACCGUUGUUUGCGGUCGAGCAACAAGACGACGGCGAGAGCGGAGUCUCCAAGGGCUCCCUCAUCCUCACCAAGCAGCACAUCGCCAACCUCGAACAGGAUCAGACAAUGCCCAAGAGCGAGGCGUGGGGAUGGGACGGACUGGUUCACGCGGGUGCUAUCGAGUAUCUGGACGCCGAAGAGGAGGAGACAUCCAUGAUCUGCAUGACGCCCGAGGAUCUCGAGAAUUACAAGCUGCAGAAGCAGGGUUACCAGAUACCCGACGAAAUGGGCGACGGUGACCUCAACAAGCGUCUCAAGACCAAGAUGAACCCGACGACGCACAUGUACACGCACUGCGAGAUCCACCCAAGCAUGCUGCUGGGUAUCUGUGCCAGCAUCAUCCCCUUCCCUGAUCACAACCAGUCCCCCCGUAACACCUACCAGUCCGCCAUGGGUAAACAAGCAAUGGGUUUCUUCCUGACCAACUACUCGAGGAGAAUGGACACCAUGGCCAACAUUCUCUACUACCCCCAGAAGCCUCUCGCGACCACGCGGUCAAUGGAGUUCCUCAAGUUCCGAGAGCUCCCCGCCGGCCAGAACGCGAUCGUCGCCAUCGCCUGCUACUCUGGCUACAACCAGGAAGAUUCCGUCAUCAUGAACCAGAGCAGUAUCGACCGCGGACUGUUCCGGAGUCUGUUCUUCCGCUCGUACACCGACUCUGAGAAACGGGUCGGCAUCAACAUUGUCGAGAAGUUCGAGAAGCCGUUCCGCAGCGACACCCUUCGCCUCAAGCACGGGACGUACGACAAGCUCGACGAGGAUGGAAUCAUCGCGCCGGGUGUCCGUGUGUCUGGUGAGGACAUCAUCAUUGGCAAGACGUCACCCAUCAAUCCCGACAACCAGGAGCUGGGCCAGCGUACCCAGGCGCACGUCAAGCGAGACGCAUCGACGCCGCUCCGUAGUACCGAGAGCGGCAUCAUCGACUCUGUGGUCAUGACCACCAACCAGGACGGCCUCAAGUACGUCAAGGUCCGCGUGCGCACGACCAAGAUCCCGCAGAUUGGAGACAAGUUUGCUUCCCGUCACGGUCAGAAGGGCACUAUUGGUGUCACCUACCGGCACGAGGACAUGCCCUUCACGCGUGAGGGCAUCACCCCGGACAUCAUCAUCAACCCGCACGCCAUCCCGUCGCGUAUGACCAUCGCCCAUUUGAUUGAGUGCCUGCUGAGCAAGGUGGCGACGCUCAAGGGCAUGGAGGGCGACGCGACGCCCUUUACCGACGUGACGGUCGACUCGGUGUCGACGCUGCUGCGGCAGCACGGCUACCAGUCGCGCGGCUUCGAGAUCAUGUACCACGGCCACACGGGCCGCAAGCUGCGGGCGCAGUGCUUCUUUGGCCCGACCUACUACCAGCGCCUGCGGCACAUGGUCGACGACAAGAUCCACGCUCGUGCGCGCGGUCCAGUGCAGAUCAUGACGAGGCAGCCCGUGGAGGGUCGCGCGAGGGACGGCGGUCUGCGUUUCGGAGAGAUGGAGCGCGAUUGUAUGAUUGCGCACGGCGCGGCGGCGUUCCUCAAGGAGAGGCUUUUCGAGGUCUCGGACGCGUACAGGGUGCACAUCUGCGAGAUUUGCGGCCUGAUGACGCCCAUUGCGAACCUGACCAAGCAGUCCUUCGAGUGCCGACCGUGCAAGAACAAGACCAAGAUUGCGCAGGUGCACAUCCCCUACGCGGCCAAGCUGCUGUUCCAGGAGCUGGCGGCCAUGAACAUCGCGGCGAGGAUGUUUACGGACCGGUCCGGCGUUUCGAUUCGCUGA